CCGUGUGUGUUGCGGAAAAAUCCCUUUUUGGGCGUCCGACCACAUGUGAGAAUAGUGAACAAAAUAUAGUUCUUUAGUGAUUUUCUAUUCCGGAAGUCCGAUUUCAAAGUGUAUUGUAUACUAGAUCGAUAGAUACAGUGCAUAGGGAGCAUCCAGUGUGCAAAAAGAGUUGGAAUUGUCCGACGGAAGUGAUUUUUUUUGAUGUAAAUACGGUUUUGCCAGGGUCAGUCCGGUGUGCUCCGAGUGGUGUUCCUAUAUUUUCUUUCGUUCCACGUUAAAUAGCGACAGUUCUUCGUGACAGUCGAUCUACAUUCGCUCGGCUUUGGCUUGGUGCGCGUCCGUGUGUCAAUCUCCAUUACUUGGGUUAGGUCGGCACGAUGCCGUGCUGAGGAGCAUGGUCGCGCGCUCGUGACCGUCGGCGCGGAGCGCGCGCCCCGCUUACAUAACGAGGUGGUGACGGCAUGGCCGCUCGCGUAUCGUCCGAGGGGGCCGGUCCCUCUUACGCGUCGGUGCUAAAUUUUAGAGGUGGUGAUAGCAAUAAAGAAAACAUUGAGUCGUCAGAGGAGGUGGCGGACGCGCCACCGAGGCAUGAUGACGAGGAGGAGGAGGGCUUCGUGCCGGUCAUAUCGCACGGGCGCCGUCCUGGGAAAGGGAGGAGAGACCGGGAGAGGCGAGCUCCCCCACGGCCCCACAAGACGCCGCAGCCUCAAUCCGAGCCUCAGCCCAGUGCCGAACAGCAGCAACAAUCUGAAGAUGCCCAGCCAAAGAAGUUUGUGGAGGCACCAAUACCGAAAGUCAAUCCUUGGCAGUUGCGUGGUGGCGCCACGGGUGCUCCGCCCCCGCCUCCCCCAGCAGUCUUAGAGGAGAAGAGGUCUCCAUUACAGCCGCAGCAGCAGGGCAGGGCGCAGCCACCACCAGAGCCCAUAGUCGCGCCUCCAGCACCGAAGCCCGCAAUUGUGAAGCCGACCAAGAAUGCCAAGAUUCACCAGAAGUCAUCCGAUUUCACGGAUAUAGGCGACUGGCCUACACUUGGAGCGGCUGUGGCCGGAGCUCGGUGUCACUCCACUCCACCACCACAAGAUGGAGACUCAUCCCAUCACAAUGGCGUCGUGGACCAAGAACGUAAACCCCUGGAGGAACAUCAUCAUCAGACGAAGGUGGAGAAAUUGGAGCCCACGCACAACCAUCACGCCCACAACGAUAAACACGAAAAGAACAUAGAUAAAGCGAAAGCCUCAGGUGUUGGAAAAGGCGGAAGCAAAUCCGGGAAACACAAAUGGGUCCCGUUGGACAUAGACGUGAAGGCGGCGAGGCCGGGCAAACAUGGACCCCAGCACAAUGCGAGGCCCGACCAUGACACAGUGUCGCUGAACGGCGAGGAGGUCCGGAGCCGCGGGGCCCCGGGCCGGGGCCGCGGCGCUCGGGGCCCGGGCGCGGGCCCGCCGCGGGCCGGGGCCCGGCGCCCCAGGCCCGCGUCGGCCCUGCCCGCGCCGCACCACGCGCACCUGCCCUUCCACCCGCACGACUUCCCGCACCACCCGGACCUCGCGCAGCUGCGGGUGGCUCAAGCUGGCGUGGCACAGGGGCUGGUGCUGCAGUACUCGGCGCUGGCUCCGCUGGGAGCCCCGAUGGGCGCUCCGCUGGCGCAGGCCUUCUACUACGGCGCGGCCGCCGCCACCGCAGCCCCCUAUGGCAUGGGUCUCGACCAGGCUACGCUCAAGGACUUCAUCAAGAAGCAGAUCGAAUACUACUUCAGUCCGGACAAUUUGGCCCGCGACUUCUUCCUCCGUCGCAAGAUGGCGGCGGACGGUACAAUACCAGUUACGCUAAUAGCUUCGUUCCACCGCGUCCGCGCUCUUACAGCUGACGUCCAGCUCGUGUUAGAUGCUAUUAAGGACUCGGAUAAGCUGCAGCUUGUUGCCGGGUUCAAGGUGCGAACGGCGUUCGAGCCGACAAAAUGGCCGAUCUUGGAUAUCGCGUCAGGCACGAAUUCGGACGACGGUGAGAAGUCGAAGUUACCCGAAGAGAAGCCGACAGUUGCCGAAGAUAAUACGAAGGUAUCCGAAACUGAAGCCUCCAACGGCUCCGAUGACCAAUCAACCAUUCCCACAAACGAACCAACCGUAGCCCAAACAGAACCGACCGUGUCCCAAGUAGAAACAACGGUAGCAGAAGAGAAACAAGCCACGCCGAAAGAAACCGUACAGGAAGUAAAGCCGACAGAGCCAGAAACGCCUGAGGUGGUUGCAAAUGAGGUAGCAGAAGAAGCACCGAGCAUAGAGGGUGCGAGCGAGACAGUCGUAGAAGAUAGUGAAGUCACAGCUAGCGCUGAGGGGGAAGAUGAGGAAACAGAGAGAAAGGGCGAUUCUAACGAUGACCCACCACUGCAGUCGGAACACACCGAUGAUAAACCUGGAGAGAAGAGACGCAAGAAACAAAUGGUGGGGAUAUUCCCCCUGGCCACAAUGGGGGGUCCGUUAGUUGCGCCGGUGUCGAGUCUGUUGCGCGCUGUACCGCCUCCACCGUUGCCCAGAAUGUUCCGGACAAACCGCGGAACAACCCCACUAUUGGGCAGCACGCCCCCACUGCUGGGCGGAUCGAGCGGUGGUGUUCCGCAUCACGAUUUUCUCAACCCUGAUGUACCAGAGUUCGUGCCACAGGCCAGGAGACAAGAAGAGUUAAGUGCCGAUAAAUCCGAGGCGGAGGACCGGCAAGGUUCAACUACGAUCAGCCCCAGUUCUGAAAGAAGCGGCACCGAUGUCUGGACUGAGGUGAAACGUCGCACAAAAGCGGGGUCCCGCGAGCGAGCGCCUCCUCCGUCAGCGGAGCCCGAGUACGAGGAGCAGCGCGAGGAGCUGCACUUUCAGCUCGACGAGGAGCUGGACCUACCGCCGCCGAGGCACAACACCUUCACUGAUACCUGGUCGGAUUCGGAGUCGGAGUUGGAGUUCACGGACCGGGACAUCGGGCGGCUGCUGAUCGUGACGCAGACUCCCGCGCGCGUCGCCAAGCACGACCACGACCGGCAGGGGGACUGGACCACGCGCACCAAGAUCUCCCAGGACCUCGAGCAGGUCAUAACUGAUGGUCUAAGAUAUUAUGAAGAGGAUUUGUGGAAUGAUUCCGAAUAUACAUCGUGGGGCGGCAGCCAGUCGUCGUACCGCACGGUGUGCGUCAUCAGCCGCGAGCAGUUCGAGGCGGCGGUGCCGCCGGACAGGCAUCCCAACCCCGCCGAGCCCCCGCCGCCGCCCCCGCGCGCCGCCCGCGACCACCAGCGCAGGGUGAGUCCGCCACACACCCGCCCUACACACGCACCACACCCCAACCCCGCCGAGCCCCCGCCGCCGCCCCCGCGCGCCGCCCGCGACCACCAGCGCAGGGUGAGUCCGCCACACACCCGCCCUACACACGCACCACACCCCAACCCCGCCGAGCCCCCGCCGCCGCCCCCGCGCGCCGCCCGCGACCACCAGCGCAGGGUGAGUCCGCCACACACCCGCCCUACACACGCACCACACCCCAACCCCGCCGAGCCCCCGCCGCCGCCCCCGCGCGCCGCCCGCGACCACCAGCGCAGGGUGAGUCCGCCACACACCCGCCCUACACACGCACCACACCCCAACCCCGCCGAGCCCCCGCCGCCGCCCCCGCGCGCCGCCCGCGACCACCAGCGCAGGGUGAGUCCGCCACACACCCGCCCUACACACGCACCACACCCCAACCCCGCCGAGCCCCCGCCGCCGCCCCCGCGCGCCGCCCGCGACCACCAGCGCAGGGUGAGUCCGCCACACACCCGCCCUACACACGCACCACACCCCAACCCCGCCGAGCCCCCGCCGCCGCCCCCGCGCGCCGCCCGCGACCACCAGCGCAGGGUGAGUCCGCCACACACCCGCCCUACACACGCACCACACCCCAACCCCGCCGAGCCCCCGCCGCCGCCCCCGCGCGCCGCCCGCGACCACCAGCGCAGGGUGAGUCCGCCACACACCCGCCCUACACACGCACCACACCCCAACCCCGCCGAGCCCCCGCCGCCGCCCCCGCGCGCCGCCCGCGACCACCAGCGCAGGCCCCCGCCGCCGCCCCCGCGCGCCGCCCGCGACCACCAGCGCAGGGUGAGUCCGCCACACACCCGCCCUACACACGCACCACACCCCAACCCCGCCGAGCCCCCGCCGCCGCCCCCGCGCGCCGCCCGCGACCACCAGCGCAGGGUGAGUCCGCCACACACCCGCCCUACACACGCACCACACCCCAACCCCGCCGAGCCCCCGCCGCCGCCCCCGCGCGCCGCCCGCGACCACCAGCGCAGGGUGAGUCCGCCACACACCCGCCCUACACACGCACCACACCCCAACCCCGCCGAGCCCCCGCCGCCGCCCCCGCGCGCCGCCCGCGACCACCAGCGCAGGGUGAGUCCGCCACACACCCGCCCUACACACGCACCACACCCCAACCCCGCCGAGCCCCCGCCGCCGCCCCCGCGCGCCGCCCGCGACCACCAGCGCAGGGUGAGUCCGCCACACACCCGCCCUACACACGCACCACACCCCAACCCCGCCGAGCCCCCGCCGCCGCCCCCGCGCGCCGCCCGCGACCACCAGCGCAGGGUGAGUCCGCCACACACCCGCCCUACACACGCACCACAUCCCAACCCCGCCGAGCCCCCGCCGCCGCCCCCGCGCGCCGCCCGCGACCACCAGCGCAGGGUGAGUCCGCCACACACCCGCCCUACACACGCACCACAUCCCAACCCCGCCGAGCCCCCGCCGCCGCCCCCGCGCGCCGCCCGCGACCACCAGCGCAGGGUGAGUCCGCCACACACCCGCCCUACACACGCACCACACCCCAACCCCGCCGAGCCCCCGCCGCCGCCCCCGCGCGCCGCCCGCGACCACCAGCGCAGGGUGAGUCCGCCACACACCCACCCUACACACGCACCACACCCCAACCCCGCCGAGCCCCCGCCGCCGCCCCCGCGCGCCGCCCGCGACCACCAGCGCAGGCCCCCGCCGCCGCCCCCGCGCGCCGCCCGCGACCACCAGCGCAGGGUGAGUCCGCCACACACCCACCCUACACACGCACCACACCCCAACCCCGCCGAGCCCCCGCCGCCGCCCCCGCGCGCCGCCCGCGACCACCAGCGCAGGGUGAGUCCGCCACACACCCGCCCUACACACGCACCACACCCCAACCCCGCCGAGCCCCCGCCGCCGCCCCCGCGCGCCGCCCGCGACCACCAGCGCAGGGUGAGUCCGCCACACACCCGCCCUACACACGCACCACACCCCAACCCCGCCGAGCCCCCGCCGCCGCCCCCGCGCGCCGCCCGCGACCACCAGCGCAGGGGUGCUCAAAAUGAACAAGGCACACAAGAAACCGGCAGUAAGGCCAAGAGACCGCGCCGUACAGCACGUUUCUACGCCGCUAACAAGGACCCGCACGCUACUGAUGUCAUUACGAGCAGGAAGCACAAGACGAGGCAUAGCCUCAACCCUCCCGUGGAGCACCACGUGGGCUGGAUCAUGGACGUACGCGAGCAUCGCCCGCGCACACACAGCACCGGUUCAUCGCUGGGCACCUCCCCAACGCUGGGCUCGUCGUGUGGUUCAGUGCCGCAGUCGCUACCCGCGUUCCAGCAUCCGAGCCACGGACUGCUCAGAGAGAAUCACUUCACGCAGCAGGCCUACCACAAGUACCACUCGCGGUGUCUUAAAGAACGAAAGAAGCUCGGCAUCGGCCAAUCGCAGGAGAUGAACACCCUGUUUAGAUUCUGGUCGUUCUUCCUAAGGGACCACUUCAAUCGCACCAUGUAUAAUGAGUUCAGAACGUUGGCGAACGAGGACGCAAGCGCAGGGUUCCGCUACGGACUCGAGUGCCUGUUCAGAUUCUACUCGUACGGUCUGGAGAGGAAGUUCCGCCCGGAGCUGUACCACGACUUCCAAUUGGAGACGAUAGCUGAUUACGAGAAAGGUCAGCUAUAUGGUUUGGAAAAGUUUUGGGCGUUCCUCAAGUACUACAAGCAUGCUUCGGAGCUGCAGGUGGAUCCCAAACUUGACGGGUUCCUCGCCAAGUUCAAGAGUAUUGAGGACUUCAGGGUUUUGGAGCCGCAACUGAACGAGCUGCUAGCGACCCAGGGCCCGCAGGCGGCCGGACGCGGCCCGCACGCGCGGCCCUACGACCGGCACCGCUCCGUGUCAGAGAGCGACCGCCCGCAGCCCGGCCCGCCGCACAGGAACCAGGAAGAGCGACCGCCCGCAGCCCGGCCCGCCGCACAGGAACCAGGAGUGGUGAGUUACCUCGACGCAGGGCCCGCAGGCGGCCCUACGACCGGCACCGCUCCGUGUCAGAGAGCGACCGCCCGCAGCCCGGCCCGCCGCACAGGAACCAGGAGUGGUGAGUUACCUCGACGCAGGGCCCGCAGGCGGCCCUACGACCGGCACCGCUCCGUGUCAGAGAGCGACCGCCCGCAGCCCGGCCCGCCGCACAGGAACCAGGAGUGCCGGCCGGCGGCCCUAUCGAGCGUUACGAGCGGUGUGAGCGCUUCUCACAAGGAGAAGGACAGCCGCGGACGUGCAGGCUCCUGCGGCUCGCAGAGCGUCAUCGCAGCUCGUCGACCAAAAAACCAGAAGCCGUACCCCCAUCUAAAUUAAAACCGGUCGCAGCGAACACGCAGUAAAUACGCAGUGACAACGCAGCACGCAGUAACUCAUCAGUGUAUAUAGACUCGACGCGAACUUGUGUUACUUAACGUAGUUUUAAAAUUAAAAGGAAUGCAUUUUUUUUAUAUAAAUAUUAAUAAACGUACAUAAACGAAAAAAAAUUAGUGCUGACGGACACUGCAAUGACGUUUCAGUGUUUUUUUUUUGUCCGGUGUGUUUUGUGACUGGUUGCGGCCGGCUCGAACCGGUUUGAACUGGUAUCGGCCGGUCGUUAUGGACAAUGGGAACGGAGUCUGGGAAUGCAGGCUGAUUAUUACAUGGAGCCUAGCUUGUACGCAACGACAAUAAGCAAUGCUAAGCAAGAAAUCACCGAGGCGCGUCUGACUAUUGGCUUCUUCUAGUGUGUAAACUUAAUAUUAACUAUUAUUGUAAUACUAUAUAUAUUUUUGACAUGUAUCAACCGAAAUUCAGUCAUCAGAGAUAGCCAAUUCGUUUUUAUAGGUUAUAAUUAAUAAUAUAUUGCAAAAAGAUAAAAAAGAGUAAUUAAUUACGUUUUUUUUUUGUUAGUUAUCGCUUGUAGGUAAGUUUUUUAAGUGGCAACACUUUUUUUUAAUUCACAAGUGGUGCUGCGGUUUUUCGGAUUUCAGUUUUCGGAUCUCUCCCGUAGGACCGGUUUUUAGCGUUUUUGUUUCUAGACAUCCGGGACUUGAUUUUUGUUCUCGUACGCACGUAUGUAAGUUAAAAAUUACUCGGAUUUUUAGGAAUGGUAGGUGUUCUUGUGUUUGCGUCAUCGAAAUGGAUAAUGUAAUUUGGGUUUGGCAGUUACGUCUCUUAUACUCUUUAAAAUUCGAAUAUUCGAUGUAACUAUAGGAAAUCGCCGGAAAAAACGGUGCCCGCAAACACACGUGACCGGACGCGUAUUGUAUUUAAGAACGUUAGAAUCGGAAUUGUGUACAGAUGUUAAUAUUGUUCAGGUAGACAAAUUGAUAUUAGCGAGACGUCAUAGGACUACGGAAAUGUAAAUCGUCAGAAAGACUGGCUAUAAAUUUUAAAGUGUUGAUGAAUAAAAUGAAUUGUGUUGUGCGAUGCGUUUGAUAACUGGAUGUAUUUGACAAUUAUUAUUAUUUAUAUUCAGACCCUAUAAGAUGGAUGUUAUUAUAUUAAAGUAAUAGAUUCAUGGAUUUCAUUGAUAUUAAUAGAAACCUGCCGUUAGAAAUUUUUUAUUACUUAACUUAUAAUAAGAAAUUUUUGUUUAGUAAUAUUUGGCAUCUAAAGUCUUAAUAAAUCUUUAAAAAAAACACGGCAAUAUAUAUUUAUGAGCGGGAUGUACCUGAUACAGGCGUUGCUAUGUUUAUUAGGUAAUCCCAACAUUGUUAUUGUAAUCCAAACAUUUUUUCAUUUCAUUUUCAGAUUAAAACAUAUCUCAACUUCUAUAGGAUACCAAAAUAAACUAGGAUUAUUACAGCAAAUCUAGGUACAUUCUACAGGCGUUACAUUUUAUAUCUCUAAUGGCAACUUCUGUGUAAUAAUAUAAAUAAGUUGUAAACUGUAAUGUUCUGUAUUUAAUAGUUACCAUACAUUCUGAUUGCUUUGUGAAACUGUUUAAGACAUAUAAUCUUUAAUUGACCAAUAACAAACAUAUGUUGAACAUCUAGGUAAUGAUUGAGACAGGAAA